GUAGAGCAUUGAAAAUUAAACAAAGAUUCAUUUAACUGUCUUCUCUGUUCUGUCACCUAACGCCACACGGAAUACAACGAAGAGACAGUGAAGAAACAACGAAAAGUAAUCAAAUUCUACCAGCGAAGAGAUAAUACUUGAAAGUCGUAAGCCUCAUGGCGAAGAUAAAACCACAAGCUCUUCUAUUGCAAAGCAAAAAGAAGAAGGGGCCAAGUCGUGUUAGUAUCCCUACGAUCAUGCUAUAUGGCGUGAUUGUUGCUGUCAUGGUGUUUUUCCUGUUUGCUACUUAUAGACACUGGUCUCGGAGGUCAAUAAUUCAGACACAUGAUGACUUGUUGACCUCUGAGGGUGAAAAUUCUUUUAUUGAGCAUAAGGAAUCUGAUGCCCCUAAAUAUGCGUUCAUAUCCACCUCAAAAGGAUCGAUAACCGUGGAACUUUACAAAGAUGGUUCUCCUGACAUUGUUGACGAAUUUGUUGAUUUCUGUCAGAAAGGCCACUUCAAAGGGAUGCAAUUUAAUCGUGUAAUAAAGCACUUUGUUAUCCAUGGUAGUAAAGUUGAUAAACUUGACGCUACAGAAGAUUGGACUUCGAGGGGAAAGCAUUACAGUCGACUAGACACGAGCCUGAAGCAUGAAGCUUUUAUGCUUGGUACUUCAAAAACAAAACAUGAAGGUGGAGGAUUUGAUCUGUUUAUAACGACUGCUCCAAUCCCAGAUCUGAAUGACAAGAUCAAUGUAUUUGGGCGUGUGAUAAAGGGAGAAGAUAUUGUGCAGGAAAUUGAAGAGGUAGAUACAGAUGACCAUUAUCGACCCAAAACUCCUGUUCGGAUCAAUGAAGUUACUCUAAAAUACAACAUUUGAAGCCUGCAGUGUCCAUAAUAUGAUGUUCUUAAACCUCAUUGAUCAAAGUCUGCAGUGAAAACGUGGAUUUGCAAUAUGGGUACAGCGACAGAAACCAUCUUGCUGAUUUUAAUUCCUCAGUAGUGACAUGACGCGGCUUGUCAUUGAUGCUUGUUGUGUAAAAAUCUUGAUAUGAUAUUCCAUUUGUAUAACUUUUUUUGUUUUUUCCCAAUUUUUCCCCUUAGAUAAAUGUUCGGCAGCUCUCUGUUAUUUUAUAACGUAGUAUGUUGAGAGGAAAACUAUCUUAACUUGAAUAUAAUCAGAGACACAACUUUACCCGAGAAAA